AUGUAUGAUAUAAGUGAUGAAUAUAUCAAAUUGAUAUCUAGGAGAUAUACAGAAAAAAAAAUAACUCCAACAAUUUAAAAAAGCAUUGUUAAUGGAAACCAAAUUAAAUUAAUUUAACACUAAAAUCCAUAUCAAAAUUAAAAAACAGCUGCGUAUGAAAAUGAAGCUAAAAACAAAUAUGUUCCUCCUACUUAAGUGUCUGCUAUCAAACUUUAAAUAAAUUAAAAAGCAAAAGAAUAUAUUGAUGAAUUACAGAAUAGAGAUUUCAUUCAAAAUGAAAAAGCCAAAAAGAAAAUAUUCCAAAACUCUUAAUAUAAAAAUAUAGUUCAUUAGCAAUCUUAAUCUUUGCAUAGUCUUAGGAAUGUCAAAUAAAUAGUUCCAUUUAUUAAAUAAAACUACUUAAAAAAUCAAUAUAUAAAUAAUGAUUUAGAAUUGAUUAAAUAUAUUACAGAUUUUCAAGUUGAAGAUCCUUUUCAUGAUAAAGAGAUAUAAUCUAAAGUGAGAAAAUCUUUGCUUAUUUCUGCAGGGAUAAAAAUUCAUAAACAAUCUUACUUGAAUCUUAAUGAUGGGAUAUCACAGAAAUCCUCGAGAUCAAUUAAUGAUUCCUUAAAUUCAAUGUACGAAUUUAAUGUAGACUCAUUAUAUAAUUAAAGCAUAACUUUACAAAAUAAAUUACUGGAAAAAUAGUCUGAAGGAUUUAGUAAAACUAUAAGAUCAAUCCAAAGGAAUGAAUCUCUCAAGAGGGAUAUCAUUUAAAGAAAUGUCUAGAAAUUAGAGGGUCUCAAGAAACUGAAAAUUGGUGGAUGA